UGCUAAGACAAGGAACAAAAGAGACACGUAUACGUGUAAACAGAUACGAGAGAAAAACACGAGAGAAAAAAUUUGACAGAUCAGCGCGAUCAUGUAUAGAUGAUUGUUGCUCACGAAGAAUAAAAUUGCCUAUAAAGUUUUCAAAUAAAACUCUUGACUUGACUAUUACGAUUAUCUUUAAAUUAUAAUAUUUAAUGUAAAAUAUAAAGAGUAUUUAACGUAAUAAAACAGUUAUAAGAGUGAGAGUAAAUAGAGCGCAGCAUUAUUAUGAUUGUGGGGCCGAUCAUCAACAUCAUCAAUAUCAUUAUUAUUUAAAAAGAGUCCUCCUUCAAUCCCAUUUUUCAUUUUUUUACUUUUUCUCCGUAUAAUUUUAUGCGUUAUUUUCUUGUGUGUGGCCUUGUGCCGAAAAAGAAAUUGGAAUUAAUUAAUUUCUUAUUAAAUAUCCAGAGUACGAUGGUCGUGGCAUCGUUAUUGCUAUUUUUGAUUAUAGAAUAGAUCCUGGUGCUGUGGUAUUGUAGGUGAUAAGUGAUGGCAAACCGAACAUUUAAGCAUGCCUUGACUGCAGUGGUGAUGAAAAUAUUGAUGCAAGUACUGUAGAACAAUUAGAGGAAGGACUUAUAACUAUUAUUACUGGUCAUAAGUUAAUGAAAUUUGAGACGAGUUAUUCUAAUCCAACCACUGUCGAAGAUAAGUUGGUCAAAGAAGACUUGCAAAUGUGAGUCGAAGCUUUGUAAAAUGAAGAAAAAAAUAUCAUGACGUGGGCACAGCGUAUGACUGCAUUGUCUAUCAUAAUUGAAAAAAAUCUAGAGAGUCUGUAUCGAUAGAUUUGAAGAAGGUAAUUUGGAAGCAAGAAUUCAUUUUGGCGAGUACUCACUUACCCAUUAGUGUGCUACGUUAGCUCAGCAAGAUCAAUUACAUAUUUCUGCAAAUAUUUACGAUGAAGAUUAAAUGAAAAUAUUAAAUUCACUAAAUACAAGGAAAUUUUAGAGAAUAAAGCUACAGACAAAGUUUCCGCGAAAAAAAAAAAUUCAACUUGGAAAAUUAUUGCCGAAAAAUAUGCAGAAAGUUAUGAACCAAAACCUUCUGACAGUAUCAUAGUGUUUUGGAGGAAUAUCAAAACCAAAGCCAGGAAAUAUUCAAGUGCUCUGAAAGCAGAAGCUAUGAAAACAGGAGGAGGGAAAACAAGUGUUGACAAUGAUCCGGUGAUGGAUGCGGUUUUGGGUGUCAUACAUCAAGCAACUGUUCGAGGAUUUAUUAAUAAGUAUGAUAAUGAUGGUGAUUCAUCCACGGUGGCGGAUAUCAUUAAUGUGGAGGAUGAGGGAUCCGAAAACGAUGUUUUUGAGUAUUUGCUGAGCAACCAACAAGUUCGGGAUUGGGCGAAAAUCGAUCCAUCUAAUUUAAAAUCUAAAAUAAGUGCUCCAUUAAAAGCCAACAAACAUAAAAGUACUUCAGCCAAACCGUAUGAUAACGUCCUUCAAGAAAAACAUAUGUCUCCAAAAGAUGAGCUUGCAGCUAUAUUAAAAGAGCAAGCUAUUGAAAAACAUCAAUAUGAGAUGGAAUUACUUAAAAUUAAAAUUCAAAGAGAACAUUUAUUAUUUGAGAAAAUCCAGGAAGGAGAAUAUUUCCCUGCUGAUUCUAACAGCGAAUAAUUUUAAUGUUUGUUUUAUUUGCACAAUAACUUGGUAUUUUUUAAAAAUAAAAACUUAUUUAAAGUAAAUAAUAAAUCAUCAAAUAAUGUAUUAAAGCACUGUACAGUAAUGAAUGACUGGAUAUAACAAUAUACUGCAAUAAUAACUAAUAUUUAUUGUUAAACUGUA